CAGCUCCGCCAGGCCCCUGCACCACUUCCACAGCCCCCACUUUCGCCGCGACCGCCCUGAUCUCCUCGUCCACCUGAAGCGCCUGACGAGCGCCAACAAGGCAAAGCUGGCAGCUGGCCUGGAGGUGACCAGCCGCCCACCCAACCGCUACCAGCGGCUGGCCAACAGGCCCGGACUGCUGACUGUAGGACAGUUUCAUCAACCUUAUAAUCGAGACAGUUUCUUUCCUUACUCCUACAUAUCGACCUCAUCCCAGAAUCACGGCACUUUACCAACAAAAAGUUUAGAUCGGACUCCAGUUCCUUCCAGAACGUGGCAGGGUUCUCCUGGGUUGCUUCCAGGGCAUGAGGCUUCCUCAACUUUUCCAGAUAAAGGGGUUGCCUUUCCAGUACUCCAAAGGUUUCCAACAGAGGUCACGUACACACUCCAGCCUGUUGCCUCUCCUCUGCCGCUUCAGCAAGGGUCUCAAACCAUUGCCGCUUCCCUUCCAAAAUACAGCAGCUACGCAUCUUCAAUGCAGUACUCACAAGCCUACUAUCCAACAGCCGCACUGCAGUGUUGUUCACCACCUGCCCACAUAGAUCCUCUGACUGGCUGUGCUAGUCCUACAGCUUCGACGUACACCCACUGCAGCUUUUUCCAGAGUCCUCCAAUGCAGUCACCUUAUGCAGCUGAAUUUCUGCCCUCUGACUGGCCUUGUAAUACAUCUGAUGAAAACAAGAAGACAGAAGUAAAUCUUGAAGCUGUGUUUCAGAUUGUUGAUGAGAUGCGUUCAUCACCCAAAACUGAAAUGGUGAAAGUGGAACCUGUGGAGGGCCAGUGUUCAACCCUUCAGUCAAACAGUGGUCAACCACUGCUGGUUAACAGUGACAAUAGUGAUACACCUUCUUCAGCCGAGGAAAGCCAACUGGAAUGUCUUACUCCUGUAGCUUCACACGCAUCAUUUGUGAUGGGAGCAGAUCAAGCAGUAACUUGUUCUCCAUCACAGCCUUCUGAAUUUCUUUGUGCUACCCAUACCGCUGCGUCUGCAGAAAGUGCUGCUGCUGAAAUAGUGCGAGAAUCUGUGACCGCACAGGAAGCAUCACAUGAACAACUGAGAGAACAACCAGAUCACUGCCCAACUCAAUCCUCUGUAAUGUUUGUUCAGGAAGGACCAUUCAGCCCAGAGCAGGAGAAUACUAGUGUUAAAUGUGAAUCCAGUACAUCAGAGACAGAAGAGAGACAACUCACUUCAGGAACUGAGCCUGUAGACAAGUCUGUAGAAGAGACAGACUCAUCUGUAAAACCUAGAUGCAGGAAAAGAAGACACAGUUCACACAAGGGCAAGUCUCCUGAUCUCCAUCUGCUGGUAGAUGUAGCUUGCAAGCAGGGGUACUUUCCACAGGAAGAAACAAGAGAGUGA